AUGCCCGAAUUAAAAAAUAAAUUAGCUGUUGGAGAUGUACAAAGCGCUCAUACAAAAAAUAUUAUGGUUUUGAAAUGGGUUGACAGAAGAGAGGUAUUCAUGUUAUCUACCAAGUUUGAUAGUAAUCUGGAUGACUCUGGCAAGUUUGAUCGUAAAGGCAAUCUUGUAAAAAAACCAAUUUGUGUAAUUAAUUAUAAUCAAUGCAUGGGUAGCAUUGAUAAGACAGAUAUGCUACUAAGUUCAGUAGAAUGCGUUAGAAAAACCAGCAAAUGGUACAACAAAAUAUUUUUUCAUCUCAUUGAUUUAAGCAUUUUAAAUGCAUUCUCUGCUUUCAAAACAGUCACUGGACAGAAUAUGCCACAUGCAAUUUUCCAACUUGAAGUAAUUCGACAACUAUUAGAAAAAUAUGGUGUAAAUACAGUAAGCCCCAGAGGAAGACCAUGUACAAAAGAUCAACCAUUUCGACUAUCAGCUCGGCAUUUUCCAUCAGAUGUGAAAAAAUUAGAUUCAGGAAAAGUACAAAGGAGAAAAUGCAUAGUUUGUACCAGAAACAACAAAAGAAAAGAUACAAUGUAUAUGUAUCAAGAAUGUGAUGUCGGCCUGUGA